UGCGCGCUUCUGCAAAUUCCGGUGAAUGGUGGAUUUGGCAAACAUGGAGACCGUGGAGAAGGAAUGCGGGGCCCUCGGGGGUCUAUUCCAGGCGAUUGUCAACGACAUGAAGUGCUCCUAUCCUGUGUGGGAGGACUUCAGUGCCAAGGCCACCAAGCUGCAUUCCCAGCUCCGAACCACCGUUCUGGCUGCUGUGGCCUUCCUGGAUGCCUUUCAGAAGGUGGCAGACAUGGCUACCAACACCAGAGGGGCAACCAGAGAUAUUGGUUCAGCUCUGACCAGGAUGUGCAUGAGGCACCGCAGCAUUGAGGCCAAACUUCGCCAGUUCACCAAUGCUUUGAUGGAGAGUCUGAUCACUCCUCUUCAGGACAAAAUUGAGGACUGGAAGAAGACAGCCAACCAGCUGGAUAAGGAUCAUGCAAAAGAGUACAAGAGGUCACGCCAUGAGAUCAAGAAGAAGUCAUCUGACACCAUGAAACUACAGAAGAAGGCUCGUAAAGGGCGAGGGGACCUGCAGCCUCAGCUGGACAGUGCCAUGCAGGAUGUCACCGACAUGUGCCUGUUGAUGGAGGAGACAGAGAAGCAGGCGGUGCGCCGUGCCCUGGUGGAAGAGAGGGGUCGCUUCUGUACCUUCAUUGGCUUCCUUCAGCCAGUCGUGAACGGAGAGAUCGCCAUGCUGGGAGAGAUCACUCACCUCCAGGCCAUCAUCGAUGACCUCACUGUGCUGACAACCGAUCCUCACAAACUGCCCCCUGCUAGCGAACAGGUGAUUAAGGACCUGAAGGGGUCCGAUUACAGCUGGUCCUAUCAGACCCCUCCUUCAUCCCCAAGCAGCUCUGGCUCGCGCAAGAGCAGCAUGUGCAGCAGCGUCAACAGCGCCCACAGUAGUGCCUCCCGUUCGUCAGGAGGAGGCGGUAGUGGUGGUAUUGGUGGUGGCGGUUGUGGUGGAGGUUCCCAACCCCAUUCACCCACCUCCUCCUCCUCCUCCUCCUCCUAUCGGUACCGCAGCAGCCUGCCGCACCAGCCUCCGCCACUUGGGGGUAUCGCAGCACACCGCCUGAGCAGUGUCUCCUCCCACGAUUCGGGCUUUGUGUCCCAGGAUGCUAAUAUCUACUCCAAGCCUCCCUCACCCAUGCCCUCGGACAUCACUAGCCAGAAGUCAUCCAGCUCAGCAUCGUCGGAGGCCUCAGAAACAUGCCAGUCAGUCAGUGAAUGCAGCUCCCCCACCACUGAUUGGUCCAAAGCAGGUCAGUAUGAGCAGCCGGUGGCUGCAGCAGCAGUUCAGAGGAGAAAGGAACCCCUCGAUAGGCUGAGGGAGAACGAGGCGUCGCCGGGCUCCCAGGGGUAUGCCGGGCCAUCACACCCUGAUGACGGGCAGAGACCCAGGAUGACCCCAGCUACUAUUGCUGCCAAGCAUGGAGAGGAGGUUUCACCAGCAGCCAGUGACCUGGCCAUGGUGCUGACCAGAGGGCUGAGUAUGGAGCAGCAGAAAAGCAGCAGAGACUCCCUGCAGUACUCCAGUGGAUACAGCACAGAGACCACAACCCCAUCCUGCUCUGAGGAUACAAUCCCCUCACAAGGUUCAGAUUAUGACUGCUACUCAGUUAACGGUGAUGCUGAAGGUCCAGAUGGACAGACAGAGUUUGACAAAUCCUCCACCAUUCCUCGCCAUUCAAACAUCGCCCAGAACUACCGGCGCAUGAUCCAGACCAAGAGGCCAGCCAGUACAGCCGGCCUACCCAGUGGUGUUCUUGGUCCUGGUGCUCAUGGGAUACCAGGACAACCUGGUGGAGCUGGUGGAGGUGGAGCAGGGACUCCAGGCACUGCCACCAUCCGGCGAACCCCAUCUACCAAGCCAGGCGUGAGGCGCACAUUGUCCAAUGCGGGUCCCAUCCCCAUCCGACCACCCAUUGUGCCUGUCAAGACACCCACUGUUCCCGGAGACUCACAUUCUCCUGGGGCAGGUGGUGGUGGGUAUGCAGGUGGGGGACAUGCGGGUGGCGUGCCUGUGCGUGUAGGCAGUGAGGAGUGUGUGUUCUUCACCGGAGUCGAGGACACACAGGGUGCGCUCGAUUAUGUGAAGGCGUCACCCAAGCGCCUCAGCCUGCCUAACACUGCCUGGGGAUCAGGGGCAGCAUUAGAGGUCUACUCCCAGCAGCAUGGGGGCUUUGCAAUGGCAACAGGGUCAGGGCCCGGAUCAGAGGAGGAUCAGAUGAUCGCAGCCAAUCGGCACAGCCUAGUGGAGAAGAUCGGCGAGUUGGUAGCCAGUGCACACGCCCUUGGAGAGGGGCAGUUUCCUUUCCCUGCCCUCCCCGAUGACCCGGCCAUGCCACCAACUGGCCCCACCGACACUCAGACAGGGACAGACGAAGCAGAAGGGUCCGGUGAUAUGUUGACCACUAUCAGGAGAGGAGUCCGCCUUCGCAAGACCGUCUCCAAUGAUCGCUCGGCGCCGCGCAUCUUGUGAUUGGAGGUGAAGCAGGAAGAAGUUGAUACUUGUCAGCCAAUAGGGAGUCAGGUGUUGGUGUGGUGCAGCCCAGCCGCCUAGUACAUACACAAAAACUUAACCAUUUAGGGAAAGCUAUAAUAUAAAAGAAGAUGAAUGAAAACAAAAACAUACACAAAAAUCAGUUUAAAGACAUCAUUAGAGUAAAUGAUAUAUAAUAUUAUGAUAAUAAUGACAUUAAUAAUGUUAAUCCAUGCUGACAAUUAAAAGUUAAAUACUGAAUAUUGACAAGCUCCUAGCAGGCCUCUAUAACUAGUGUGUGUUGGACGCAUGUUUGUCUUCUCUACACCCUAACCCAGGGACGGAAAGACUUGCAGGAACAACAGAAAAGAUUAAAAAAAGAGGCAAAGAAAGAGCGAAAGACUGGGUUCUGUUCUGUUUGCCAACUUACCUUUUUCCCCAUCCUCUUCUCCAACUAACCCGACCAUCUAAUCCCAGCUGAAAGACUGAUGACUGAAGGAGGGGCCAGUGGAGGCGAGAGAGAGAAGGGGGUCAGAGUGCCACGUGACCAGUUGGAUUUGAACUUAGGCUGUCUCAGCAACAACACACUGUACUUAUUAGCCCACUGAAAUGAAGCUUUGGUAUUAGCACGGGGAGCUAACAAGCCAGAGGGCUCCUCUGGUUCAUCCUAAUGUAAAAGAGUCUUUAAAAAAAUUCUGUUGGCAUUGAACCGUGUUAGUGCCCCCUUCCCCUCUCUCUCUCUCUCUCUGUGUAGUGUGAGUGUGUGUGUGCAUUCAUGUGUAUGCA